AUGUUGCUGCGACUUCGGGGCCCAGAUGGCAUGGCCCGUCUGACCGUCGAGGCUACAGAUACCUUUGGAGAUUUAGGGAAGCAGCUACUCGAUCAACUUCCCAAGACCGUCGAUCCUAAGACUAUAGCCCUGUCCAACGCACCAAACGGAGGCGAUUCGAAGCGACUAGGAGACAUCAUCAACUUCAAAGUUGGUCAGAUUGGUCUUAAGCACGGCGACCUCAUCUUUCUCACCUACCAGCACAUCGACCAAACAAGCGACGAUGCUCCCGAAGUUUCGAACACCUCCGCCAGGCUCAACGGAAAGCCUGUCCUACCGACCGAAGUCUUGCCCAUAAACCCCAAACCCGAGAGGAUCGCCAAACCAUGGGAGGUGGUGCGUCAGUCUGCCCUGGACGACCGAUUAGACAGACUCGACGGCAAGAUUCCUCGGGGCAUCAAUCGCAUGUGUCGUCACGGUCCCAAGGGCAUGUGCGACUACUGCCAGCCGCUCGAUCCCUUCAACGCUGAACAUCUUGCGGAAAAGAAGAUCAAAUACUUAUCCUUCCACUCAUAUCUACGAAAGAUCAACGCCGCAACGAACAGACCCGAGCUUGGGGCUUCAUACAUCCCUCCUCUGGUCGAGCCCUUUCAUAGAGUCAGGCAUGACUGCCCUUCCGGUCAUCCCCCAUGGCCUGAGGGUAUCUGCACCAAGUGCCAGCCCAGCGCCAUUUCUCUGCAGCCGCAACAAUUCCGAAUGGUUGAUCACGUCGAGUUCUCUUCACCUUCCAUCAUCGACAGUUUCAUCGACACCUGGCGAAAGACAGGAUCUCAGCGUCUAGGAUAUCUUUAUGGCAAAUAUGUUGAGUACACUGAGGUCCCUCUUGGUGUCAAGGCUGUUGUAGAAGCCAUAUAUGAGCCUCCUCAGGUGGACGAGCUUGACGGCAUCACAAUGAAUGCAUGGGAGUCGCAGAAGGAGAUCGACAAGUUGGCCAAGCAGUGUGGUCUAGAGCCCGUUGGUAUAAUCUGGACUGAUCUGCUCGAUUCUGGCAACGGAGAUGGCUCAGUGGUUUGCAAGCGUCAUGCCGACUCCUACUUCCUGUCUUCUCUCGAGAUUUGCUUCUCUUCGAGACUACAGGCUCAAUAUCCCAAACCCUCCAAGUGGAGCGAUACAGGCAUAUUUGGCUCAAAUUUUGUAACAUGUAUUAUCACUGGUAACGAGGAUGGCGAAAUCUCUAUCUCGUCUUAUCAGAUGUCUAACGAGUCUGUGGAGAUGGUUCGCGCGGAUAUCGUUGAACCUUCAGCUGAUCCUAACGUCAUGCUUGUACGGAACGAGGAGGAAGAUGACGGUUCCGUCAGUCGUACACGAUACAUCCCCGAAGUCUUCUACCGUAGAGUCAACGAAUACGGCGCCAACGUCCAAGAGAACGCCAAACCGUCAUUCCCCGUCGAGUAUUUGUUUGUUACACUAACCCACGGCUUCCCUGCCGACCCUAAGCCUAUGUUUACUCAACAAGGUUUUCCUAUCGAAAACAGAGAAUACGUCGGAGAGAGCCAAGAGCAUUCCGCUCUUGCCAAAUUUCUUAAACUAUCGCCUGGCCAGAAACCCACUGGACAAGAAGUGUCUAACUUCCAUCUUCUCUGCUUCAUUCAGCAGAUGGGCGUCCUUUCCAAGGACGAAGAAGCCCAGCUCUGCCGGGUAGCGAGCCAGCAUGAUCUUGCUGAUACAUUCCAGCUCCGUUCUACCGAGGGCUGGCAGACCCUUCAAGCUAUUCUUGAAUCGACUGGUGAGAGACUCCCCAAGCGUCAACGGGAGGACGGUGGUGUUCCCUCGCCCUCCUCCUCUUCAUCCUCUUUUUCACAAAACACUAUUCGCGACUCGGGUGAACCCCUUGCUAAGCGAUUUGCUGCCUUCAGGCUAAACGAACGUGGGACCAAGUCCGCCCAUCCACCGCCGCCCUAG